AUGUCCGGGAGAAGUCAGACUGCCCAUGGAGGUAGUUUCUACGAGGACGUCGAGUCGGACACUCUUCGCAGGCUAUCUGACUUUUCCAUAAGCGACUGGAUGAGGAAGUUGGGGGAAGCGGAGGUCUUCGAAUCAGACUUGCAGCACUUAAUCCUCAACUAUCUCACUAUCAACGGCCUCGCAGGACCAGCAGAAGAGUUCAUAAAGGAGGCACGAAUAGACCCUCAGAUGCCGUUGCACUGCAUUGACUGCAGAGCGAAAAUCCGUGAGGCAAUUUUAAGUGGUCAGACUGAUGAGGCCAUUCGCCAAAUAGGCUUUAUCGACCCAAAUGGAGACCCCGAAGAAGCGAUCGACUUUGCUCAGCAACGCCUUGCACCUUGUGUCAAAGAGUGUCCUCACUUGUUGCCACAAUUAGAGGAAGUUAUGGCUCUGCUGGCCUUCACUGACCUUAGCUGCCCGGAGGCCCAGCGUCUCAUAGGGGGGAUGGAGCAGCGGGAGGAGACUGCUAGACGAAUCGACGAGGCAAUCCUUGAUCUGUACAGGAUUGAGCAAGAAUCAGCUUUAGAGCUCUUAACAAAAAAUGUCCUUUUUAGUCAGGGAUGCCUUCAGAACACUCAACGAUCUUUAUGCCCAGUUGUUGUUGACAUCCGGAGGGCCACUCUGGGAAGGACUCUUGGGCGUGCUCCGGGUCAAAGGAAUCGGGGGGAGGAAGGGACUGACACGGGGGGCGCUCAUUCUGGCGGGGAAUCUGGGGUGUUUCAAGUUGAUGCACUAGACCAGCAGCCGGCGCAAGAAACACAACCGGAAGGGGCAAGCCAUCGACAUAGUCAGGCGACAACUAGCACCCAGGUCCCCGUAAAUGCUCCUCGCAGAAAUCAAGGAAGAGAUCAGUCUCGAGAUUUCGGCAGAAGGCGGCGCGCGGGCGGCGCUCCCCAAUAG